AUGCUCGCGUUCCCCUUUCUUCUGGGGUUUUCCGUACUCGUGCUCCUCCCCGUCGUGCUGUGCGCGGAGGACUACUACAGAAUUUUAGGACUGGACAGGUCCGCGUCUGAUCGUGACAUAAAAAAAGCUUAUCGGACGCUAAGUAAAAAGUUCCAUCCUGACAAAAAUCCCGGAAACGAUUCAGCGCAUCAAAAAUUUGUCGAUAUAGCCGAGGCAUAUGAUGUCCUAUCCACUCCCUCGACAAGGAAAAUUUACGACCAGUAUGGACAUGAAGGACUAGAGCAGCAUAAGCAAGGCGGAGGACGAACACAUGACCCAUUCGAUAUUUUCUCACGCUUCUUCGGAGGAGGUGGACAUUUUGGCCAUUCCCCCGGCCAACGCCAUGGGCCUGCUAUGGAAGUUCGCCUCUCAGUGCCUCUCAGGGAUUUCUAUAAUGGCAGAGAGGCGACUUUUGAAGUGGAAAAACAACAGAUCUGCGAAGCUUGUGAGGGGACUGGGUCUGCUGAUGGGGAGGUCGAGACCUGCCAUCAGUGUGGAGGUAGGGGAGCGGUGAUCAAAAAGCAUAUGCUGGCCCCGGGGAUUUUCCAGCAGGUUCAAAUGCAUUGCGAUAAGUGUGGCGGACAAGGGAAGACAAUACGGCGUCCCUGUCCCGUAUGCCAUGGUCAGCGCGUUGUGAAGAAAGCCGUCCCAAUGUCAGUGACGAUAGAGAGGGGGAUGCCCAAAGGGACCAAGAUAACGUUUGAAAACGAGGCAGAUGAAAGCCCCGACUGGAUAGCCGGCGAUCUGGUUAUUAAUCUUGAGGAGAGGGAACCAGCGAUUUUCGAAGCCGAGAACGACCGAACUGAUGGUACGUUCUUCCGACGGAAGGAUGACGACUUGUUUUGGAGAGAAGUUCUCAGUCUCCGAGAAGCAUGGAUGGGAGACUGGACGCGCAACAUCACACACCUGGACGGCCAUGUCGUCCAGUUGCGUCGGAAACGGGGCGAGGUAGUUCAACCCCUCUCCGUCGAAACUAUAAAAGGUGAAGGCAUGCCCAUCUGGCACGAUGGUCAUAUGAACGCUCAUGACCACGGCGAAGAGUAUGGUAGUCUCUACGUCGAAUACACUGUCGUCCUCCCAGACCAAAUGGAGAAAGGGAUGGAAAAGGACUUUUUCGCGCUAUUCGAAAAAUGGCGCAAGAAGAACGGCGUGAAUCUCGAUAAAGACAGCGGCAAGCCCACCCGCGCCCAUCUUAAGGAUGAAUUGUAA